CUUGUUCAACCAAACUCGCAAGUGUGAACCGCACACGGACCAGAUUCGACCUCCCCCUUUCCUCUGUUCCUCUUUCUCUUCUUCUUCUUCUUCUUCUUCUUCUUCAACCCCUCUCGCUCUCUGAAACUCCUGUACUUGACAGUUUUAGAAAGCCACCAAAAGUCCCACAAUGAAUUAGCCCAGAAACCCGGAAUUCCUGUGAGAAAAUUCAGAAACCAUGGCCGAUAGUGGCUCAUCUCCAUCCCAAAAACCCCCAAACCCCAAUAGCAUUGAAGCAUCAACAGCAGCCACCCCUAACAUUAUAAUCACCCAAAACCCAUCAAACUCCACCUCAAACCCACCAAUCCCAUCCCCGCAACCUCCUCAAAUCUCAUCCCCACCCCUCCCUCCUCUCCCCCAGAACCAACAGCUUAUUUCCCCCACCGUCGGAUUGGAUUACACCCAGAAACCGAAUCAGCUGCAGCAGCCAUUGGUGCAGCAACAAGUGCAGACUCAGAAUGUAAAUGUGAACGCCAUGUCGAAUUUCCAGCUGCAGCAGCAGCAGAGCAUGCAGCGAUCUCCGUCGAUGUCGCGGCUGAACCAAAUUCAGCAGCAGCAGAAUCAGAACCAGAACCAGAGCCAGCAGCAGCAGCAUUUCGGCAUGAUGAGGCAGCAAAGCAAUUUGUAUAGCCAGGUCAAUUUCGGAGGCUCCGGUGCGAUUCAGCAGCAGAGCCAGACUCAGCAGCAGCAAAUUGGCGGGGGCAACUUGCCCCGAGCUGCCCUGCUUGGCCAGAGUGGCCACUUGCCCAUGCUGUCUGGUGCUAACGCAGCUGCGCAAUUCAGUAUGCAGACGCAGCUGUUGGCUUCGCCGAGACAACAAGGCGGGUUAGUCCAAGGUACCCAAUUUAGUUCUCCUGGACAAUCUCUACAAGGAACACAAGCAAUGGGUAUGGGAAUGAUGAAUUCCAUUAAUUUGACCCCACAACCAAGAGCUAAUGGAGCCUUAGCUGCUUAUGCUCAGCGAUUCAACCAGGGCCAACUUAGACAACAAUUGUCCCAGCAAAGUUCGCUCGCCUCUCCGCAAAACUUGCCAAGAACAUCCUCACUUGCAUUUAUGAGCACUCAGCUAUCUGGGCUGGCUCAGAAUGGACAGCCAGCUAUGAUACAGAAUCCUUUAUCACAACAGUGGUUGAAGCAAAUGCCAGCAAUUUCAGGCCCUGGCUCACCUUCAUACCGCCUUCAACAACAUAGGCAGCAGGCCAUCUUCCAGCAGCAACUGUCUUCACCCACUCAGUUGCAUCAACAGCCUAUGCCCAUGAAACAGCAAAAACAGUUACAGCAACAGCAGCAGCAGCAGCAGCAACAAUUGGGGCUUCCUCAACUACAGCAUCAACAACAGCAACAGCAGCAGCAAAUGCAGCAGCCACUACAACAACAAUCACAGCAACAACAGCCCUUCAAUCAACAACAGCAGCAGACUUCCCCAAGGAUGCCUGUACCCGCAGGCCAGAAAUCUCUUAGUUUAACAGGAUCACAGCCUGAUGCUACUGCAUCUGGUACAACUACACCAGGAGGGAGUUCAAGCCAAGGAACAGAAGCAACUAACCAACUUCUUGGGAAGAGAAAGAUGCAGGACUUAGUCUCACAGGUUGAUUCACAGGGAAGGUUGGAUUCUGAAGUUGAAGAUCUUCUUUUGGAGAUUGCUGAUGACUUCAUUGAUUCAGUGACUACAUUUGCAUGCAGUUUGGCUAAGCAUAGAAAAUCUUCAACUUUAGAGUCCAAGGAUGUGUUGCUGCACUUAGAAAAAAAUUGGCAUUUGACAAUUCCCGGAUUUUCAAGUGAAGAGAGGAAGUACCAAAACAAAUCUUUGUCAAGUGACGUACAUAAGAAACGUUUAGAUAUGAUACGGACGCUGAUGGAAUCAUCGCACCUGGAAACAAAUACUAAUAAUCCUAAGGAGGUGAUCAGAGGGUAUGGCAACCCAGUUGGUGCCAACCACUUGAUAAGACCUUCCCUUGGUUCAGAACAGUUGGUUUCCCAAGCAGCUGGUUCUCAGAUGCUGCAGCAGAUAACACGGUUUUAGUAUAUAUCAGUUAUCAGUUUUUAUGGGGGAUUUAAGUGCCUAGAUAUGUUGUUGUUUUGUAUCACAGGUCAUUAGCGAAAAGCAGGAGCAGUAUAUGGAUUGAUAAAAGCACAAAUCUGUAAAUUACUUGUGUCAGCAAUGAGAAUUAUUCAUAGGCCAGAGGAGAGGAGCAUAAGGCCGAAGUCUCAGCAUAGUAUAGUUUUGGUUGGGUUGGGCUGUGUAAUCUAAUUGAUUGUUUGUAGACGUUUUGAGUUCUCUUUUCGAAGCUUUUUCCCUUGGUUGUUAUUUGUUACGAAACAAAGAUGGGCCUGCUAUUGUAUACAAGUUUAUUUGAUUUCUUGGGUGAAUUUGUAUACUGAUUUGCUCUGAGCCCAAGAGUAUCAAUCCUAAAAGGUGAACGGAUUCAGAUUUCAUAUCCUUGUACUUCUACUCGUGUAAUGAAGUCCCCCUUUUACUCCUUGUCAGCA